GCGUACCAAGCCUCCCAUCCGUACAGUUGUCAGCGGUAGAGGCAACCAUGAAGACUGUCUUAGUACUUGCCGGGCUCGUCGCCCUGGUGAUGGGCAGCGCCGUCCCACACCAUCAUGACAUCAAACUGAAGCCUGUGGAACCUCAAUUCGUGGAGUACCAGAAGAAGAUUUUGGCUCUUUUCGAGCAUUCCAAGCAGCUGGAGUACCAUGCCGACUACUACAAAGUUGGCAAGGACUAUGACAUCGAAGCCAACAUCCAGAACUACUCGAACAAACAAGCCGUCGACGAGUUCUUGCUGCUGUAUAGAACUGGAACUCUGCCGAAAUAUUACCCGUUUUCCAUUUUCUACCAACGAAUGAGGGAUGAAGCCAUCGCUCUAUUCCACGUCUUGUACUUUGCAAAGGACUUCGAUACCUUCUACAAAACUGCAUGCUGGGCUAAGGUCUACAUGAACGAGGAGCAGUUCUUUUAUGCCUACUACAUCGCUAUCGUCCAAAGAAAAGAUACUACUGGCAUUGUCCUCCCGGCACCCUAUGAAGUCUACCCACAGUUGUUCAUGAACAAAGACGUUCAGUCAAGGAUGAACUAUGUUAAGAUGCAAAAUGGCCUUUUAAAUGAGAAGCUUGCCGCUCAAUACGGUAUGGUUAAAGAAAACAGCAACUACGUCUUCUACGCAAACUACUCCAACUCUUUGAGUUAUCCAAACAAGGAACAGAAACUGUCGUACUUCACUGAAGAUAUCGGCUUGAACUCUUACUACUUCUACUUCCACUCACAAAUGCCUUUCUGGUGGAAGUCUGAGAAGUUGAGCGUAUUGAAGGAUCGUCUCGGAGAAGUCUUCUUCUACUACUACCAACAACUUCUGGCGCGUUACUAUUUGGAACGCCUCCCUCACGGCUUGGGUGAAAUUCCUGAAUUCUCGUGGUACUCCAACUUCAAAUCUGGAUACUACCCUCAAUUGUACUCAGUUUUGGCUCCUUACGCACAAAGAAGCAACGAUUACAAAAUCCACAAUGAAAAGAAUUACGAAUACAUUCGUUUCCUGGAUACUUACGAGAAGACUUUCUUCCAAUUCUUGCAGAAGGGAGAAUUUAAGACUCCCGAGAAGGAAAUAAACUACGUCGGCAACUACUGGCACAUGAACUCAGACUUAUACGCUGAGAAGAGUGACAAGGACCUGCACCAGUACUCUUACGAAAUCAUUGCUCGUCAUGUCCUUGGUGCUAGCCCCAAGCCGUUCGACAAGUACACCUUCAUGCCAUCCGCUUUGGACUUCUACCAGACUUCUCUUCGUGACCCUGCAUUCUACCAGCUCUACCAGAGAAUCAUCGAUUACCUUAUUGACUACAAGCAGUAUGUGAAACCAUACGAUCAUAAUGAUCUUCACUUUGUGGGUGUUAAGAUCAACGACGUUCAAGUCAGCGAAUUGAUCACCUACUUCGACUACUUCGACUUCAAUGCCACUAACAGUGUCUUCUACAAUAAGGAGGAACUCAAAUCCUAUCCUAUGAACUACUUAGUCCGCCAACCUCGUCUCAACCACAAACCUUUCAGCGUUAAACUUGACGUUAAGUCUGAUGUAGCAUCAGAUGCCGUCUUCAAGAUCUUCAUUGGACCUAAAUACCACGCUAACGGCUACCCAGUUAACAUCGAGGACGACUGGAUGAAAUUCUACGAACUGGACUGGUUCGUGCAGAAGCUGGUUCCUGGUGAAAACAAGAUCGAGCGCAAAUCAAGCGAGUUUGUACUCUUCAAGGAUGACUCUGUUCCUAUCAACGAGAUCUACGAGUUUCUAGACCAAGGAAAGGUGCCGUAUGACAUGUCUGUGCAGCCCGACAACAUGCCAAGGAGGCUGAUGCUGCCUAAGGGUACCCUUGGAGGUUAUCCAUUCCAGCUGUUUGUGUUCGUCUACCCAUACAACAGUGUCAAGAAGGGAGAGAAUGUAUUUGAGAGUUACAUCUUGGACAACAAACCCUUCGGUUAUCCAUUCGACCGCCCCGUGCGCGAGGCUUACUUCAGACAACCUAAUGUCUUCUUCAAGGAUGUCAGGAUCUACCACAAGGACGCAUACUACCCUUAUGAACUUAACGUUCCUUCAUACUUCGUACAGAAGAAGAUGUAAAUAGCUAAAUACUCGUAGCUACGAUCAUUUUUCUGAGAUAGAAACGUACAAAGAAUGUGAAUAAAAUAUGUAAUACGAUAUUUAUAAUGUAGUGUAUGUAUGUAUGUAUAGAUGACAUAAAAAUAAAUAUAUAUAAAAACAACGAUUU